AUGGCAGCGUCCGGGCACGCGGCUGGGCGGAGGGAAGAUGGCGGUGACAGGCUGGUUGGGGAGUCUGCGGGCUGCCGAGAAGACGGCGCUACUGCAAGACGGGAGAAGGAAGGUGCACUAUUUGUUCCCAGAUGGGAAGGAGAUGGCCGAAGAAUAUGAUGAGAAGACGAGUGAACUACUUGUGAGAAAGUGGCGUGUGAAAAGUGCCCUGGGAGCCUUGGGCCAGUGGCAGAUUGAGGUGGGAGAGCCAGCACUCCCAGGAGCAGGGAGCCUGGGGCCUGAACUCAUCAAGGAAAGCAAUGUCAAUCCCAUCUUCAUGCGCAAAGAUACCAAGAUGAGUUUCCAGUGGCGGAUUCGAAAUCUCCCCUACCCUAAGGAUGUCUAUAGUGUCUGUGUGGACCAGAAGGAACGCUGCAUUAUUGUCAGAACAACCAACAAAAAGUACUACAAGAAGUUCUCCAUUCCUGACCUAGACAGAUACCAGCUACCUCUGGAUGAUUCCUCGCUGAGCUUUGCUUAUGCCAACUGCACUCUGAUCAUCUCCUACCAGAAACCAAAGGAGGUCCUGGUGGCUGAGUCAGAACUGCAGAAGGAGCUGAAGAAGGUAAAGACGGCCCACAGCAGUGAUGGGGACUGCAAGACCCAGUAGUAGACUGCUGAGCCUGCACCUCUGGUGUGGAGGGUGGGUGAGGCUCUUCCUGUCAGCCUGUGAGACUUCGAGGCUUAGGCUUUUCCGGUGCAGGGGCAGCCUCUUCUCUUCCAGGAGUUAUCUGGGCUGGGCCUCAGGGCACCUUUAGCCCCUGCAUCAUAGUCUUGUCUCCUAAGUAAAGUCAUUCUGAGUCACUGUCA